AUGGGCGACUCGUACCUUUGUGCCCUACGGUCCGUGACGACCCUGUACGAGCUGGAAGAGCGGCAGACGACGAUUGGCAGAGACCCGAACAACGACCUCGUGUUGGACUGCUCAAAAGGAAUCUCCAGAUUCCAUGCCCGCUUGGAAUGUAAGUACGCAGUUGCGAUAUAUCCAAUUUUCACGCUAUGAUGCGAGUGCUUGAGGUUAAGCACAGGCAGCUGUACACGUACUCACUUGCGAUAAAUUCCGAUAUAAACAGGUCACCAGCAGCCGAACGGGCGGGGUAUGUGCUUCGAGCUGGUAGACCUGAAUUCGGCAAAUGGCACGUUCGUCAACGGCGAGCGUCUUUAUCCAAAUGACCCCCAUCCGCUAGCGCACGGGGAUCUCAUCUUCUUUUCGGCGUAUUCCAAGAAUUGCAUGCGGUUUGAGGUAUUCGGGAUGCGGGACCUCGGACAUCUGGAUGCCAACGUAAAUUCCGCGCCCGCGCGCGAGCAGAUGAUCGGUGGGGACGCCGCCGGGUUGCGCAGCGUGUCUCCCGCGGCCGUCCGGACGCCCGUGACCUACCCGGCAACCGGGGCAGCCUACGGUGGCGCAGGUGCGGCACCCGGAAGAGAGGAUACUCCAACGAGGUUUGGCUCGGCCGCAACCAAUCGAAGCGUCUCCUCGCAGCCUGGUAGGAGGCAUAGUUUGUAUGUAGUUGUAGAGGUGCUGUCGCAGUAGAAAUGAAGCAGUUCUUGGCUGUUUGAAAGGGGUUGUUUUGAGACCCGAUUUUGUGCAAAAACGAUCCACAGGACCGGAUCCACGUUUUUCGUAUCCAACGCGUGGAGGCAGCAUCAAGUGCAGACCACUGCAGGAGGUGUUGCCGUCGAAGCAGGGAGACGUUUCUGAUUCGCCGUCACGCAAGCGCUUUCGGGAGCUGAACGAGCGGGAAUCGCGCCAGCUGGAAAACUCCUGGGACGGAAAAGGGGAGAGUAUUUUUUUCGAGCUGCGGUGUGUACCGUGGUCAUUCUUGGAGUUGAUGCGAAAUGAUCGAUGAAGCGAAAAUCGAACUCUUUUAAACAAAACAAAUGGACACGCAAAAAACAACAAAGUUGCGGAGCUGCGCCCCAGCAAGCUUCCGGGCGACCAGUUGCGCCAUUCCCGCAUCGGUAUGAACCCGGAGUUGAAGAGCCAGUUGCAGGACCUGGAGUCCAGGAUCGACGCCAUGCAGCAGCAGCAGCUGCGCGAGCAGUUGGAGCGGGAGAAGCAAAAGGCGCUGAAGGCCGCGGACCCGGCGUCGCUUUGGCAGAAGCAGCUCCCCUUAUCCUCCGCGGCACUGGAACAGGCGUGCCAGAUCCUGGGCGAUUUGCUGCAGGAGGAGCCGACGAGAAAACCAGACUCGCCGAUCGCCGAGGACGUCGUGAUGGAAGCCCGCGGGGAUUUGCAAGCGCCGAAGGUUUUUGAAGAGCCACUACCGCAACGCCUGCUCCGCCUAGCCACCGAGCUCGAGAAGCGGUACCAAGUGUCGGAGUUGCUCGGACAGGAGGAAACCCUCGCACUCCAGCAGAGCAAGCGGAACAAAAGGCGCCGAGCGAACAAACGGGGAAACAACAAAACUUCUGGCCAAGCCCGCACAGGUGGUUUCAUCGUCGGAAAUAAAGAAGCGCCAAAGCAGACGAUUGGCGGGGACGAAAAGCGGUAUUACGUGACGCAAAACCAGCGGCCGCUGACGAAGGACGAGCAGCUGUUUCUGGAGCAAACGGUGCAAAAUCAGGAGGAGGAACUUGGCGAGCUGCGCGAACAGCUGGCCACUUUCCUCAAGUACCUCCCCGACGGCUUCGCGUCGCACGUGGACCCGAGCACGCUUCGACAGUGGCGCGACCGGCUCGCGCUGACGCCGCGGCUAACCAUCGAGGAAAGCUCGCAGUUUCUCCUGAAGAUCCUCGAUGCCGAGCGCCUGUGCGCCGAGUACGGCCGCCGGCAAGAGACCGCGGAGCGUCGGUACGCGAACCUGCAGGAACAGGUGCGGAAUCUGAAGCAGCAGACGGCGCAAUACGAAGACCAGGUGUGGCGGGCGAGGAGGCAAAACGCGGAAAAGUGCCCAGAGAUGGUCAGGAUACGGCAAGAACGGCACUUGAGACGAAGGAAGAAAGUCGCAGCAGGGGCAGCCUCGAGAGCAGCAGCUGGAGCGGUAGCUGCAGUGCCCACAGGCGUCGAGGGGCAAGAAACCGCUCCAACCCAACCAGAACAAGCAGACCCGACCGGCGCUGCCGCGGAGGCGGUGCAGCAACUUGACCAGCUGGAGAGCGAGGUGCAGAGCAACAUGCUGAAGCUGGCGGAACAGGAGCAAACGAAGGACGCUUUGUCAGACGAACUCGAUGCGCACAUCUCCCGCCGUGAGGCGCUGGAGGCGGUGGCAAAUGAGAAGCAGGACGCAAUCCUGGAAAAGUUGAAGAGCAUGUCCACAGUCGACCGGGUUCUGAACCUGGAGAAGCUGUGCGAGUACCUCGAGUGGGAGCUUUUACGCUGCAGGAGACCCGAGGUCCACAGUCUGGUGAUUCGGUCCUCCCUUCCCGAGCCCCCGUCGACGGUACUGAGCGGCGGUGACGCGUACGUCUUAACGCAGCAGUACGAGCAGCGCGAGGCGGCGACGAGUCUGCCGAACGUCCGCGCGCUCCUCGAAGAAGUGCUCGCCGAGAUGCAGGAGGACCAAGAAAAUCUGCUGAAAAACGCCGUGGACACAGCGCAACAGGCGGCGGUCAUGUCAUCCUCUUCUCGCCAGGCAGCCAGCGGUAGUAAAACGAACGAGGCGACGAGACCACGCGACCAAGAACGAGAGGACCAAUCGCGGACUAACUCCAAAGAGGAGCAGCACUACCCGGAGCGAUCGCGAGGCAACCCACGAGGCGGUAGCAACGGCGCGCACCGCGGUGUCCAGCUCUACGGUCCCGUGUCUCGGCAGCAGCGCGGACCACUUGAGUAUGAUGCCGACGCGGGCAUGUGGGUGGAGCCGAGGCCCCAGCGCGGCCGUGAGAAGAGGCCGCUUUCGCAGGCGGAGCGGUACCGCAGUCUGUCGAAUCCGAGGUACGCGUCGCAGUUGCCCGACGACGGCUACGUGCCGGCCUCGUCGUCGACGCCACGAGCGGUUCCGGGGGAAAAUUCAUACGGCAAAUCCCCCCGCGGGCGUGCUCCGGUCGCACCACCUAUUGGUGUGCCGGCAAAUCAGAAACGGGUGGUAGAGGAGCUAAACGAGCUGGAGAAGGGCUUUCGAGAAGACUGGCGACCGGUAUUGCAAGAGGGGGACAGAAAUACGGCUGCUGGAGGACAAGAACGGGGCCGAGACACUGCAACCGACAACGAGGACGAGGACCUAACAGGGCAAGAAGCGAAUCCUUCAAACUACUGGAGUGCGCUCGAGGACUUGGAGGGCCGCAACCCGCGGAGCACCUUUCGCGAGCUGCAGAGCGGGGGUGUGCCGCCUAGGUUUCUGAAGAAGGCUGGGGCUGAGGACAAGGAGAAUCAACAGCCCGCCUUUCCCGGUCCGCUCCGAGUGGACAAGCCUUUCGAGGCUGAAUUGAAAAUUCCCUCGGACGACGCCUUCGCAGGCAGAAGGAUAGGGUUUUGAUCUACCUACCUACCUAGCUACCUACCAUCUAGGAGUUUGAACAGGUCAAGUUUGCGGCAAGCAUACUAGCGCACUGCAACGUUGCCGUGGGAACUCAUGAACUGCAUAUGUCGCACUCGAUCGAAGUCGGGGCUUCGACUGAGGAUGUUCUGCCUCUGCCGACCAUAGUGCAGACUGAUCGGAUUCGCUGAAGAGGCUCCUCUCCAAAGAUCAGGCGCAAGCGCCCCGGCAUGAUCAAGUUUCCUAGAGAGUUGGCUGCCACUAUAGCGAUCAAGAUCCAAAGCUUUUACCCUUUUGGAUCGCAUUGAUUCUCACAACACUUUUGCAUCAACGGUCUACAUGAUCGACGAUGUCAGGGUCUGGGCUACUUUCUCAAAGAAGUACCGAUGUACAAAAA